CUGACUAAGCUGAAUAAAGAAAGAUUUAAUAGGAUUAUGUUCUUAACGCAGGGAGACAAUCGCACAAAGUGAAAGAAUAUUGUUAGUCUUCAUGGAUGGAUACACUUUAACUUGCUUACGACCUUGAAACAAGCUGCGACAAUUCAAACUCAAUGAUAACACAUAUGACGGUGUUUAGAAAUGUUCCAAGCUGAAGUGUUGUUACCACUAGGAAUAUUCCUUUUGUCUCUCCUAGUUCUUUUCGUAUAUUUCCAUCAACUUUGUUUUUUCGUCAUAUCGUUGUAUACAGCUCGAUAUUUGCUGCAUCCAAAAAGACCAACAACAUUGCUUGAAGCCCCUGGGGUUUCAGUUGUUAAACCUCUUAUGGGUGUAGAUGGCUGUCUUCGUGAAAAUCUGUUGAGCCACUUUACCAUGAACUAUCCACGGUUUGAGCUAUUGUUUUGUGUACAAAAUGAAAAUGAUCCGGUAAUUCAGUUAUUACAAUCAUUAUGUGAAGAAUACCCUCACGUGAAUGCUAGACUAUUUAUUGGAGGGAAAGAUGGCGUUGUCAAUCCUAUGGUUCAUAAUAUGGCCCCAGCGUAUGAAGCUGCAAACCAUGAUCUUGUUUGGGUCAGUACAAGUCGUGUAAAAGCCUCCACAGAAGUUAUUUGGGAUUUUGUUGACAAAGCUAGUGAUCCAUCAGUUGCUAUUGUUCAUCAAUUGCCAUUUUUCUCUGAUCAUCCCGGUUUUGUAGCUGCUAUAGAAAAGGUGACAUUUGGAUGUUACAUGGCUCGUAGUUAUAUGGCAUUAAAUCAGUUAGGUGUAACAUGUUUUACAGUUGGUGGUCUUGCGUAUUUUGGAAAGUAUUUGGCUGAAGAUUACUUCCUUAGUUCUGCAUUAUGUCAAAAAGGUUAUCGUAUUGUCAUAUCAUCAUAUCCGGUUAUGCAAAAUGUUAGUGACAGUACAUUAGUGAGCUAUAUUAGAAGAAUGGUUCGUUGGCUUCGACUCCGAUUGAAUAUGUUACCGUUGGUGUCAGGUGUAUUAGAACCGUUGAGUGAAUCAAUUACACUUGGUCUAUUAUUUUCACUAACUAUGGAUUAUUUAUUUGAUAUUAAAUUUGUAUAUCUAAUGAUAAUACAUUUUACAAUAUGGAUAACACUGGAUUACGCAUUGUUGUGUUUGGUACAAAAUUCAAAACUUCCAUUCUCAUUUCCAACAUUCUUACUGGCCUGGAUAACUCGUGAAUUGUUAGUUUAUGUUGUAUUUAUCAAGGCAUUAUCAAAUCCAUGGUGUAUUAAAUGGGGUGAUCAUUAUUAUCGUGUACACUUUGGUGGAUUAACUCAGCGUUUACCGAGUAGUAAUUCCACUGCAUCGACGUCAUCUUACACUAAAACUACUUCAUCUUUAGAUAAUGCAUGCUUUAAAUAUGCAUCAUUAAAAAAUAUAAAGAAACUGUUUAAAAGUCGAUUACCAUUAGACACGAGUGAUAAACAUGGGACAAGGAGCUUGUUGAAUUCAUUUUAUUCAGAAUUUCAAGAGGAAAACAAGAUAACUAGUGGAGAAGAACAAGUAUUGCAUAACUCACACAAUCCUCAUCAAUCUGUACAACAGUCCACAUCAGUAAUAAUUAAUUCAAGGGGAUAUACACCGUCAAAUCAGAUGGGGGUUACACAAUGUGUAAAUAACAAUACUAACAGUAAUAAUAAUAAUAAUAAUAGUAAUAACAAUUAUAGUGUUAAUAUUAGUCCAAGGAAUAUUAUCUCUAAUAUUAAUAAAAUAAAUAAAGAGGAAAAUAAUGUUAAUAAUAAUAAUAAUAUUAUCCCAUUGACAAUUCAAGAAGUUCAGCAAAUAAGAAAAUUAUUGAGAUGAAUAACAACAAUAAUAAUAAUAAACACUUUGGAAAUGAUAUACAUGUGACUACAGGUACUCAUAAUAAAAAUAAUUCUGGUAGUAUUAAUGGCUUUGUCAAUACUCUGUCUAAUGGUUUUUGAAUUGUCACUGAAAAUUCAAUCAUUGAAUGUAGUCGUUGAAAACUCUGUUAUAUUUGUCUAUAUUGUAAAUAUUAUUAAAAAACUGAAGUUUGACAAGGAUGUGAGUGAGAAAUGCAAAGAGGUGGCUCUCAUAAACACACAAACACACCGUAAUCUUUACACCACCUGGAAUGUCUUUCUAUUGUUUAUCAUUUAUUAUCGCAGAAGUUGAUUGUUGUUCAUUCCUUACAAUCAAGUUAUGUGCAACAACAAAAAAAUCACUUUGCAUUAUAUAUAUGGUAUAAACAGGUAGCUUCCAUUAUUUUUUCUCCUCAAUUUUCGUGAAUCUGAAUUUGCCUAGAAGUGUUUUCAACACUUUUGAAAUAUCCGCAAAAGCAACCAGAUCUUUUUUCUUGUAGUUCGUUAUUAUUAUUUUUUUUUGAUGUUCUAGUUUCCAGAGAUAGAUAGAUAGAUGAAUAAAUAAGUAUGUUUGGUUUUUAAAAGAUACAAUCAACUCAUCCAUCACAAUGCACACACACAUGUCCGUGUCCGUGCAAACAUAUACUGGAAUAUCGCCUUUUGUAUAAUUUUAAACUACCUACAAAGAUUAGGUGUGUUGUGUUGUUUUUCUUGAUCCAUGGUGUUAUUUAUGUUUGUUGUCAAACAAAGAGAUUUGUUCACCUCUAUCUCUGUGUUUGUGUGUUUGUCAAUCUAUCGCAUCUGUCAUCUUGUACAUACCACUUACUGGUGCCAUCUUAUGUUGCAUAUUUGGUUCUGACUUUGAGAAAUAAUUACAUGGAAUAAAAUACUCUGAUCUCCUUCAUACCUUUGUUCAACUUUCCUUCUUUUUGGAAAACAAAUGUUUUGAUAUAUAUAUAUAUAUAUGUCAAAAAAUGACAAUAUGGAGUGCAUUUGUUUCCAUUUGAUAAUAUACUUAUGUAAGCAGGCAUGUAUACAUUUAUGUAUAUGUACACGUAUACAGAUUACUCGUUAUUUAUUGAGUAAUAUUUUCAGUUGGACACAGUAAAACAAAACUAAGAAUAAUUAUUUAUGUAUUUUUGAAAAUUUUCAAUUUCCAUUUUCUGACUCUUUUAAUCGAUUCUCUUACAUAAAUUAUUGAUGAUUUAAUUUUGUUUAACUUUUCACUUCUUGUUUAACCGUUUUUCGUUGGUAAUAUAUAAAAUCUACACGCUAGAUCGUUUGUACUGUAUAGUUAAUGGUACUCUGAAGAAAAUUUUGAUGAUGUGCAAUAAUACUACCAUUAUUUUUAAUAAUAAUAAUAAUAAUUAAAAUGACUUCAAAACAUGAUUCGGCUACUCAGUGUUACAAAUGUGCAUAUUUAUCGCUUUGUUUAAAUGUAUCAGCAGUCAAAUUACUCAUUUAAUUACUAUUUUUAUUAUUAAUUUAAUUAAUCUUUUCCGUUAAAAACUUAGAUAUUAACUUUUGUUUUACUAAGCUUGGUUACUUUUGGCGCCGUAUUUCUUUAUUCCACCUUACUCUUUUUUGAAUUUACUUUCUUUUCUCAAAUAAUUUAAUUUCUGUAUAUGUAUUUCUUUCUUCAAUGUUUUCGUCUCUGUCUUUAAUGUUUGCUACUGCUGCUCCGCCUCUGUUGUUGUUUAUUUAAAACUGAAGUAAAUUAAAUAAUUCACAAUCAUCUAUUUACAUUAUGUUAUCAAUAUUUUCAAAAUAUUCUGUGACAAAUCUUUGACAAAUUAAAAACCUGUACAAAAAAUAUCUAUAUUGUAAAAAUGUGUAAAGUGAAGCACAGAAGCACCUCUUCAAACAAUUGAUUUCUGUUUGGUUAAAUGAUUAACUUCCUUUAGUUCAGUUUUUUGUGGAAAUAUUGUUAUUUAUAUCGAUUGUUACUUUUUUCUAUUGCUAUUACAUUACUACUUAUAAUACUACGAUUAUUAUCCUACUUACAUUUACCACUAGCGAUUUUGUGAUCCGCUUUUAUCAAACUUUCAAUAAAUUAUAGAUAAGAGUUAUUACUAUUAUUAUUUGUUCGUUGCGUUUCCAGUGGAACAUAAGCUGUUAAGCAACACAUCUAUCUUCAUUUUCAGCUACUUCCACGAUUGCCGACAUUUUCAUUCUCCCUUCAUAUGAUGUCCUUCAUGUUACUCUCUGACUAUCAGAUGAUCGCUUUCCAUUCCUUCGUUUUGAGUUGAUUCUUGUUAUCGUUAUCCUGGAGGAGAUGUCGUUAUCCCACUGCAUACGAGCUUUCGAUGUUAUUGGUGACGUCAUGAUAGCCACUCACUCCUGUAGUGUGCUUAUAGUUGUCGUCUGGAUGACUGAAGAAGAUUUUUGACUCUCUCAUUUAGAGAAUCACUUCCAUUCUAUCUGCUCUCAUAAAUUCCUAACAUUUAAAUAGCAUUUUUUUCUUAUUUCUCCUAAAAUCUGAUCGGCUUUGUUGGUCAAUCUUAAACACAAAACAACAUUCCUUUACUUCACAGGUUUUCUUUGUAUUAUCUACAGAUUAAAGUCUAGGAUUAGAACUGUUAUAAUAAAGGAAUGAAAAGUAAAGUAACACAAUUUUACAUCGAAACAGAAGCAUAGAAGAUAUUAUAAAACAAACGAUCUAGAAUAUCAUAGAAGAGAGAGAGGGAGAAAAAAAGGCAGAACAUUUCGAUUUCUACCUGAAAUCGUUGUCAAUCUAUGUGUAGUAUCAAACAGAAUCUUCAAAAAAUGUAAAAAUGAAGGAGAUUAAAUGCAAAAAAUAAACUCACCUAUUACUAACACAGAAAAUUACACAACAGGGAAAGAAAUUAAAAUCAAAUAACUUCAAAAACCCAUUUGUUUAAGUUAUGUUUCAUUUCUUAUGGAUCUACUACAUAUGUUGGACGGAAAUGCUUGGUCUUCGUUGACAUUACGGCUUUUAGUGCGGACGCUUCGAAGAUGGUCACUUCAGUUAGCCAAUCUGACUGUUGGUGGCAGUAAACACUGCAGUCAGGUGU